AUGGCAAGCCUUCAGCGGGUCAGAGAAGCUGAAGAAGAGAUGCAGAUCAACCUACCCUUUAACCUGCUGGCACCUCUCAACCAUUGCCCAUGUCAUCGUUCCAUUUGCUUACCCCAGGUGGUAGAAGGAGAAAACAUCCAUCUCCUUGUCCACAAUCUGCCAGAGAAUCAUGUCUUAGUCUGGUUCAAAGGAAUGAUAAUCAUGAACCAUGUAAUUGGAAUAUAUACACUGAACAACGAUUUAAGUGUUCCUUGGCCUGUACAAAGUGAUAGAGGGCCAGUUUACAGCAACGGAUCCAUGUUAUUAUGGUACAUCACAAGGAAGGAUAGAGGAUACCAUACCCUACAAACCUUACAGAGACAUGCAGAUACUGCAUCAACCACCACCAUGUACCUUCUCAUGCACUCCUCCCUUUUAACAUGCUGGCAUCUCUCCACCACCACUGCUCACGUCACCAUCGAAUCUGUGCCUCCCCAAGUGGGCGAAGGAGAAAACCUUCUUCUUCUUGUCCAUAAUCUGCCAGGGAAUCUUAUAGCCUUAGUCUGGUUCAAGGGGGUGAAAAUUACGGAAAAUGUAAUUGCAAUAUAUAAACUGAGCAACAAUUUCAGUGCCCCAGGGCCUGUACACAGUGGUAGAGAGACAGUGUACCGCAAUGGAUCUCUGCUGCUCAGAAAUGUCACCAAGAAGGACACAGGAUUCUACACCCUACGGACCUUAAAUAGACAUGCAGAUAUUGUGUCAACGACAACCAAGCACCUUCUUGUGCAUGCUGUAUUUUGGACUUGUGGGCGCCAUGACACCUCUACGCAGCUCACUGUUGAAACGGUGCCACCCUGUGCUGCUGAAGGGGCAAGUGUUUUUCUACGCAUUCACAACCCGCCGGAGAACAUUGUAGGCUAUGUGUGGUUCAAAUGGAUGACUGCAUUACAGAAACUGGAGAUUGCCAGGUACACAGUAGACAGGAAGUCAACUGUGUGGGGGCCUGCGUACAGCGGCAGAGAGACGGUGUACCAGGAUGGAUCCCUGCUGAUUCACGGGGUCACUCAGCAGGACUCUGGACUGUACACGCUUCAGAUUGUGAGGACAGAUAUGAUUCGUGAGGAGGCGCAAGCGCAACUCCAGCUGGGCAAGCCCGUAACACAGCCCUUUGUGCAAGUCAGUGAUACCAUAAUUGCAGGACGUAGAGCUGUGAUCUUCACCUGUGUUUCACCUGACACUGAUAUCUCCAUCCGCUGGAUCUUCAAUAACCGGAGUGUGCAUCACUUAGAGAGGAUGACGCUGUCCCCGACAAAGUGUGGACUCGUGAUAGCCCCUGUCAGGAUUGAGGAUGCUGGACAGUACCAGUGUGAGGUCUCCAACCAAGUCAGUCUGAAGACCAGUCUCCCAGUGUCCUGGCCACGAUGA